CAGGGUCAGGGCAACAGCCUGUAUCAAGAGAGCUUGUACUACCUGUCCAGCUACGGGACUCACCUGGCCCUGGUCUCCUUCCUGAUGAGACACGACAACAUGAAGGACGCCCUGCAGCACCUACUCAGCAAGGAAUGUCCAGAGGAGGUGUUCCUGGAGGGCGUAUUGCAGCCUUGUCUGGAGAGGGGUCGUCUGGGGAUGCUGCAGGGGUUACUGGAGACCCUAGAUCCAGGCCUGGAGGUCUGUAGCCGAUACCUCCUCUCCUCCUGUCAACUGCUGCAGCGACGGGGACACUUCCACACACUAUACCAGCUACAACAGUUCAUGAUGGACCACGUACGAGCGGCCAUGACGUGUAUCCGGUUCUUCACCCACGGUGUCGUGUCCUACGUACAGCUGGGAGACCAGCGGAGAUGGCUGGUUCGGGCCAAGGAGCACCUCAGAACCUACCUUCAGGAGCAGCAGGGAACACGUACCAACAGCACUAACAGGAAGAAGAGCACCUCUAACUCCUUCAGAAAGAAGAUGUCUUCUAGUGAUGUGUCCAGGCACAUGAACACGAUAGAGCUCCAGCUGGAGGUGACUCGGUUCCUGCAUCACUGUGAAACAUCCAGCUCCACCGCCACCCCCUCUGCCUCCUCCAGCACUCCUCCCACUCUGUUCGGCCCCAGCGCUAUGAAGAUCGAUGUAGCCUGCAAGGUGAUGUUGGGAGGAAAGAACAUCGAAGAGGGGUUUGGUAUCGCAUACCGAGUCAUACAGGACUUCCAGCUGGAAGCCUUGACGGUAUACGUGCGUGCGGGCCAGAGGCUUGUGCGCCAGCGUCAGUACCGGGCCGUGCGCCAGCUGCUGAAGUGCGUGGGCGAGUCGGGCACCGCCACCAAGAACGACUGUGAUGUCAUCAUACUCAGCUGCGUCUCCAUCGCAGAUAAGGGCCCCACAGACGCCAAGGAGUUAGAGUGUCUCAUUCUGGAGACAAAGAGCACAGAGAACAAGAUUAAGGCCUACCUGCAGGUGAGUAAACUGCGAGCGGCCUAUCUCCUAGCUGUAAAGCUGGAUACAACCAAGGCCGGGCCGCUGGUUCAGGAAGUCCUCCAGACAGCGGAGGCCGUCGGAGACUCUGUCAUGCAGGACAUCUGUUGCCAGUGGCUGUCUGAGCACAAGGACAGGGACAGAAAGACGCCGCCUCCUACAAAACAAGGCCGACCCAACGCCAAGUAAACCCACGAGGGGAGGGGAACAUGGGCCGUGUUCGUUACGCACCAAACGGGAGUCGUCUAAUCAGAAAUGCUCGUUUUAGUUCUCUGUUGCAAAAAAAAAAAAAAAAUGAUAACAAUAUUUUCUAUUUGUUGUGUGCCUCUAAUGAACACGACCUGGGCGUAACCGUUGUUCUGGAGACACCUAGUUCAGGUUACAAGAUGGGGAACCAGACAUCAUCAGGGAAUAACAGAUCGCACUUCAACUGGAAACGCCACGAGUGGAACAACAAGACACCUUGCCUGGACUCUGUGACUGACUUCCUCUUCCUCACUGAAAGUAGUGAAACACCGUUGUGCCGACUGUCUCAUCUGGAGGGUUGACUGACGACAGCCAGACAACACUGUCUCUCUCUCUCAUCUGGAGAGUUGACUGACGACAGCCAGACAACACUGUCUCUCUCUCUCAUCUGGAGAGUUGACUGACGACAGCCAGACAACACUGUCUCUCUCUCUCAUCUGGAGAGUUGACUGACGACAGCCAGACAACACUGUCUCUCUCUCUCAUCUGGAGAGUUGACUGACGACAGCCAGACAACACUGUCUCUCUCUCUCUCUCUCUCUCUCUCUCUCUCUCAUCUGGAGAGUUGACUGACGACAGCCAGAUAACACUGUCUCUCUCUCUCAUCUGGAGAGUUGACUGACGACAGCCAGACAACACUGUCUCUGUCUCUCAUCUGGAGAGUUGACUGACGACAGCCAGACAACACUGUCUCUCUCUCAUCUGGAGAGUUGACUGACGACAGCCAGAUAACACUGUCUCUCUCUCAUCUGGAGAGUUGACUGACUACAGCCAGACAACACUGUCUCUGUCUCUCAUCUGGAGAGUAGCCUGGCUACAGCCAGACAACACUGGGAUGAAUCUAACCAUGCUGAAUUGUGAGUUGUUGACCACUUUAUCUAGUAAAACUGACGUCUGGGAUAAGCACAGAAGAUACACAUACCAGAAUUAAUAUCACAAGCAGCAGGGGUGUACGAUAGUUCUUGAGUUGUAUCUCCUACCUCAGUUAAAAAGGGAUCUAUCUUUUGUUUUCACCAACCUUCAAGCCUAGUAAUACAUUUCUUUGUGACAGAAUAAACAACCUGCCGUAAUGUGAAGAAUUCUAA